CUGCUGGAGGCCAGGCAUGGUGGAUCCCGUGGCAGACCCGGGCGAGGCAAAAUGCGGGGAUGCUACAGGUGGAGCAGGAGAAGGAGGAGGAGAAGCCUCAGCCCCGGAGGCCACAGCAGCAGAGGCCCUUUCUCAAGAGUCCUCCACACCUGGCCUUGCAGCAUCAGGGGUGAUGGCAUCAGAGGUGAUAGCGUCCCCUUCACUGGACGGCGAGAGAGAGAAGCCCAGCAGUGCAGGGUCCUCCUCCUCUCCUCCUCCUCCUCCUCCUCUUUUGCACCUGGACCUCUUCAACUUUGACUCUGCAGAGGCGGAGGGGAGCCGCUAUGUGCUGACCAGCCCUCGCUCCUUGGAGGCCUGCGCACGGUGUGCCGUGAAGCCUGUGGAGCUACUGCCUCGUUCCCUGGGCGAGCUGGUCAAGGAGGCCCCAGGGCGGUCGCUGAGGGUGGCGGCGGGCCUCUAUGAGGUCUAUGAGGCUGAGCGGCAGAGGAAACUCCAGCAGUGCCGCCGGGAAAGGGAGAGGGUCCUCCGUGAGGAAAAACGGCGCCUCUUCACCCCUCUCCUCCUUGCCAUGGGCAGUCCCCCAGCCGCCCCUUCCUCCUCCUCCUCCUCCUCCCGAGGGGCCCUCAGGGGCAGCACUUCCACCCCCGGGGUCAAUGGAAGCUGCAGUCCAGGAGCAGGCCCACAGCCAACAAGGUCGUCUGGGCCUCCUCUGAGGGCCUCCUCUGGUGCCAGGACCAAGAAGAGCCACUCCUUGGACUCCUUACCCAAAAGGCGGGAAAAGGGCUUAUCCGCCAAAACCUCCUCAGACUCGGGGGCCUCGUCCUCCUCCUACAGCGGUGACAGCUUGAGGGACAAGUGGCCUAAAGAAGGGUCAAGGGUGCCCAGGACUAAGGCGGCCUCCACCAUGACCUCCCCACAGGUAGGCCGCAGCUUCAGCCUGGGUGACCUGAGCCACUCUCCACAGACUGCCCAGAGGGUGGAGAAGAUCAUCAAGGAGGUCAAGCGGAGGAAAGGCCUCCAGGAGGUGUCUGAGAGGGACCGCAAGAUCGCCGCCCUGAUGAUCGCUAAGCGCCAGGAGGAGAGCAUCCUGAAUGCCCAACGCCAUAGUGCCCACCUUGAAUGGGACAGCCAGAGGCGGCAGGCCGAGCGGCGGAGGGAGCAGGAGGAGAAGGAGAAGCACCGGGCCUUGGUUCAGUGCCACCGCAUGUGGGAGACCAGGCUGGAGAAGCGGCGCUGCCAGCUGAGCUACGAGGAGGAGGAGGCCACCUUGGUGAAGCAUAGGCAGAGCCUAAUGGUGGAGGAGAAAUUGCGGGAACACCUGGAGAUGCAGGAGAGGCUGAGGAAGGAGAGGCUGGAGAAGGCGACCCUGGAGGACAGGAGGAAGAAGCGCCACCAGGAGCACAACCUCAGAGCUCAGGAGGAAGGCAAGAGGGAAGCCCUGGAUAAAGAUGUCCAGCUCCUACAGGAGAAGCUGUCCCUAGCCACCCAGAAGAGGCUCAAGAAGGAGCAGCUACUGCAGAAGGAGAAGAAGCUGCUCAACCAAGCUGAGAAGCGGAAGCAUGAGACCAUCCUCAAGGAGUUGGCCAAGCAAGAAGCUGAAGAGAAGGCCAUGCUACGGGCUUCCGUUGAAGGGAGCUUGAACAAGGCUCAGGAGAACUAUGAGCAGCUGGUGGAGAAAAGGAACCGGGAACUGAGAGAGAGAGCCAAGCGGGAGGAAAGGCAGCUUCAGAAAGCCAAGUUGGCUGCUGAGAAGAGGGACCUGGAGCAGAAGGAGUACCUGAAAGCCCUGGCCAAAGCUUCGGAAAGGAAGCUCCAGCAUGCGGCUCAGGUAGCUGAGGAGGUUGUCCAGCAGAAAGCCCGGAAGGUGGUCCAGAGCCGACUGGAGAAGGAGAAGGUACAGAAAGUCAACAAGAAAAAAGUUGAACAGUGUGAAGAUAUCCGGCGCAGGGAGAUCCUCCUCUCUAUUGAGAAGAAGCUGGAAAGGAGUGAACAGAUUUGUAAGGAGAAAAAGAACGUCUUGGAAAAUGCUAGGUCUGUCGCUCGGGCAUCGUUCCAUGUCCGGGAAAAAGUGAGAGAAGAGAUGAAUGUGCGCACCUUUGACAAGAUGGCCUUUGAAGCAGAACUGCAGGCUAGCCUGGUUAAAAAAUAGAUGCUCUCUUUUCCUCUUUCAGAUUAAGUGGGGAUAUAUCUUCCAAUGCUCAUUAUCUAAAAGUUUUGUCUGGACAUUUAAAAAUCUUUAUGUAUUAUUUUGGAAGAGCACACAAACUAUGGCAGCUACGUCACAGACCUCCCCCCCCAAAUGCUUUUGUUAUUCAUAUGCAAAAUCUGUUUCAGCCAAUGCUACAGAGAAAAAGAUGUAUAUCACCCUUUGUUGAACAAAAAAGUUGUUUACAGUGAACCAAACAGGGACAAAUAGUUUUUAUAUAUGCAGUAAUAACUUCCCUGAAAGCUAAGGGCCAUUGCAAUUUCCCCUCAAAUAAUCAAAUAGCAACUACUUUCAUUGUGACACCCUUAAGACUUCAUUUGAAUGCAGUUCACUUUAGAUCAGGCUGCAGCAUUGCUUGCUGGAACUUGUAUUUUCUUAUGCUGUGUGUCCUUAUUUAAGAAGAAUUUAUUUUAUAGUGAUCAGCCCAUAUGGUGCACUUUAUCCAUGCUGUUGGAAACAUUGGGGCUUAUAACAUAAUUUAAAAACCAAAAUGCAGAUAGUCAUCUGAUUGGUCUUGAUCCUGAUCCAUGACACAAAAGCAAUGUUCAGAAACUCAUAUUCAAAUAAAAUGACAAACACUCAGAAGGUAUUUACAGUCCCUUUUGUUAAUUAUUUGUAAACAGCUAAAUCAGGAAUUUAGUGUUUUCAAGAAACAGCAGAAAGAACAGGCCUUAUCAGCAUUGUUGCACAUACUGGUGUGCAAUUAUUAUUAUACCAAGAGUGACUGUAACCAUAUUGAAAACCUUGUUUAGUUGCACUCAAAUAUACUUCUUUUGUGUCAUUACCAUUUUUGACCACUGUGCCCAAUAUAACAGGAGAGCACUGUGUGUAAUUGCAGUGAAUGGAAACUAGGCCAAAUGCUGAAGGUAACAACAUACCCAUUUACUCAGAACAUAAACAGAAAUGCAAACACUUAAAACUAGCAGCAAGGGAAAACUUGUGGACAACCCACAGAUUAAUGAUAACAUCAUUUCUUCAGCUCAACAGUCUGCAACAAGGCCUAUUUGCAUAUCUUUUGUUUAUUUGUCCAUUGGUGCUAUAAUGGGACAGAAAGACAUAAUAUGAAAUCAAAUCAAGUUUUGCAAUAUCUCUGUUUAGUUCAGCAGGAGAGCAUGAUAUCCUUACAUCUUGAACUGGAUGCUGCAUUUAGUAGAAUCAGUCUCUACACAAUUCCCCUGAGAAUCAUUCUCUGCAGAAAGAAAUUGUUGCCUUUAUUCUCUGUUUAGCUGUUAAUAUCAAAACAUCUCAGUUAGUAAGAGAAAUCUUUUGAUCUGCUCCUUGUAAAUCCAAAGUAUAAUAGACACUCGCUUAUAAGCAAAAGAUACGCUCUAUUGUCUGUGGUACUUCAAACUGCUACCAUGGAAAUAUUAAUGUCACAAACAGAAAAGUUAUGACUUUUAAGUGUUGGAAUGUUUACCAUUCUGUUUUCAUGCAUGUGGAUGCAAGAAGGUAGAAUAUACAGAAUCGUGAGGUAUGUGUCCUGGGUGGGUUUUGUAAUAGGCUGUUUCUUUAAAGUUGUCUUAAAAUCAAUUGUGACAUUUAAUGUUGUUUUAAACAUAUUGUGGCAAUAGCAAUGUGGCACAUUUGAGGGAUAAUAUGAAAUUAGCGAAUACCUAAAUGUGAAAACUUGCA